AUGGUAAGACGCACCCCAGCCCAGCAAGCAGCCCAGCAAGCGCCUGGGUCUGCCCCGCGCCCCGCGCCCCUCGCCAGCGAGAGCGGUCUCCCCCAGGGCUGGGAAGUGCGCCACAGCAACUCCAAGAACCUGCCCUACUACUUCCAUGCCGACGACAAAAUUUCCCGCUGGGAGCCGCCCUCGGGCACCGACACCGAAAAGCUGAAGAAGUACAUGGCGACCAACCACUCCUCUUCCCAGGGCUCCUCCGCCGGCCGCCCCGAGGGCAAGAUCCGCGCCGCCCACCUGCUGGUGAAGCACCGAGACAGCCGGCGGCCUGCCAGCUGGCGCGAGAGCGAGAUCACCCGGACCAAGGAGGAGGCCAUGGAUAUCAUUAAGGGACACGAGCAGAAGAUCAAGAGCGGGUCCGUGACGCUGGGCGAGUUGGCCAUGAGCGAGAGCGACUGCAGUUCCGCUCGAAAGAGGGGCGAUCUGGGGUUCUUUGGAAAGGGAGACAUGCAGCAGGAAUUCGAGCAGUCGGCAUUCGCCCUGCAGCCCGGCCAGAUGAGCGGCAUUGUCGAAACGGCCAGCGGUCUGCACUUGAUUGAGAGACUUGACUGA